AUGUGGCGCCGGCGCGCGGGCACCGCCCUGAAGGCCACGCUCGCGGCGUACACCGCCGCCGAGCUCACCGCCUUCGUCGGGCACCAGCGACGCAUCGCGAGCGUCGAAAACGCCCCCACGCGCAAGCUCGACCCAAACUUUGACGUCAAGGCGCACGCCGCGUGGUUCGCCCGCGAGCUGCGACGGGAGCCGAACCCGCGGCGAUUGUUCGAAGAAGUCUUCAACGAUCGCGCGAUCGAGACGAUACCGCGGAACCGCGCGCACGCGAUGCUGUGCUUUUACCUGAGCGCGAAGGAGGCGAACGAGUUCGCGAGCGGGACGUACCCGAGCGUCAUCACGCGACGCGCGGAUUCGUUGCUGCGAGAGCUCGAACGCGCGCAUGGAUUGAAAUUUGCGCGCGAUUGCCCGGUGUGGCCGGCGAAACUCGGGGAUGAGCGAUUGGCGGAUGUGGUGGAGGACGAGCGGAAGGCGGCGGAGAGCACGGUGGCGGCGGGCGCCAAGGCGGUGGGGGAUUGGAAUCACGGCGUGUGGCGAGAAUCGAGAAUAUCGAGUCCGGUUGAGGGCACGCCGGAUUUCAUACGGACAAAUACGCAUAACAUUACGGCGUGGUACAAGCCUUUGGCGUUGCGGUUUAUGAUUUGGCGGUACAGAGAGCGAAGCGAGAGGACGCUCAGGGCGAAUGGGUUUAAGAUGUACAGGGACGUAGACACCGACGUGAAACUGUGGGUGCGCAUUCCUGAGGAGUGCUCGACGGAUACGGUGCUUUACUUUCUACACGGCUUUGGCAUGGGCGUGCCGCCUUACACGUCGUUCAUAGAAAAGUUACCAAAGGACAGAAUAGUGGUUUGUCCCGAGUGGCCGAACAUUUCGUACGGACUGGAUCGGUCGCACGAGUACCCAACGCCGCGAGAACUAUCGAAUGUGCUCGCGCGCACCGUUGAGCGCGUGCAAGACGAGAAGUUGCUGCUGUAUCCGCAAAUCGAAGAAGUCGACGACGCGCGUUGGUAUCGCGAACGCUUUGGCGGUUGGUUUCGUAAGAAGCCAUCAAAGCGCGAGAUCACGAAGUGCGACGUCAUCGCACACUCAUACGGCACAGUAGUGCUCACUGGUUUCAAGCGGCACUUCCCCGAAAUGUUGCGACGUUGUGUGUACAUCGAUCCGGUGUGCUUUCUGCCGGCAUUUGGGAGCUAUCUCAAGUACGCGUACGACGACCAUUUGCUUGAGUGGCAAAACCUCAUGCAUUACGUGUCCAAUAAACUCGCCAAUCCAGACGAGCCUAUGGAUCUUUUUAACAUCCUUUUGAGUUCGUGGUUUGUCAAGGGCGAUGUUGGCACGCAGCAGUUGAUGAAGCGCUUGUUGUUCCCGCACGAGGCUUGGGAACGCGGACCGAUGACGAGCGAAGAUAUGAUCGUGCUCUCGGGUUUGGAUGAAAUAGUCGCGUCGAAAGAAGUGUCCACGCGUUUACGUAUCGCUUGGCCUAGCGUGCGUAUGAUUUACGAGAAACAGUGGCAGCACGGCGGGUUUUUACUAGAGCCUGACCCCCACGACGUAGUUCCUCGCAUUAUUCGUUUUGUGAGCAAAGUUUAG